GGGCAUCGUUCAACGUCGCGCGUCUUCGUCGCGUUUGUGCCAGCAGCCGAACUGAGCGACUUGAACCCAUCAACCAAACAGCAUGCAAAAUGUCCGACAUAUCGGAAAACGCAGAUAACGCAGGACACCUCGUCGAAGAAUCUGAUGAUGCCGAGUGGGAUAAGUCGGACCAGGAUGACUCUCCACAGAAAGCUCACUUGCUAGACUUGGAAGCAGUUGAAUCAUCCUCAUCCGAUUCGAGCGAGGGAGACUUCAGCAUUGAUGAGAGCGACCAGGACAGCCAGGAACCCUUCUUUUUUCCCCAGUUCAAGCGCCUUCCUUUUGAGCUUCGCGAGCGGAUAUGGCAAUUCUUCUGCCCGGAUCUGACUGCGAAGGCAAGAGCGUUUCACUUUCAUUGCGUCCCGCCAUCGGCACAUGAACUGGCCCAUGGAUACAGACCGCCGAAAGAUGCCCCCAUGGUGCCGAUUUGGAACCACGCAUUCCUGGAACAGCAAACCAGACCUGCUCGCACCAUGCUGGCCUUGCACCGCGAGACCCGAGAGCUCGCCCUGAGGUCUUUUCCCGACGCCCUUUCGUUCCGGCGCAACUCCAUCCUGAGGUUCAACGCCAAGACCGAUGUCAUUUUCUUGGAUUCCAUCGGAUCAGGCUCAAUCCGCGUAAGGUCUCGCUUAUACCCCGAAGACGGCCUCUUCGACCUAGGCUUCACAAGGCCCAUCCAGCACCUCGCCGUUGACCCCUACAUAUUUCCGUCUGUUCAGUUUUACAAACUCCAAGCUAUGUUCAGAGCCUUCAGGAAUGUCAAAAACGUCUACUAUGUCCUCAAUGCCAGCGAUCACAGACCCGAAAAGCUAGCCUGGUGUGCCUCCGACAUGGUGAGCCAUUACAAUCUCGUCACAUUCGAGGAGGAACCGGGCCUCGGCGAGAAUUCCUCGUGUUUUUACUGCUGGCCGGAUGUCGAACGGAAUCGAACGUUUGCCGAGCAAGAGAUUCCGGUGGCUUAUUUACUCAGCCGUGCAAAUGUUUCUUUUUUCGAUGACGGGGACGUCGUCGAAUUACUUCCAGAUGGCGUACCGGCCUGGCCAUUGAUUCAGUUCCAUUUUGAUCCCGAAAAAGAUCCCGUCGAGCAACUUUCGGAGGCGAUUGCGUCAAACCCCGAUUGGCACUCGCCGGCCGGAGAAGACUGGCAGGAAGAAGACGAAAUCAGCGACAGCGAACUCGAUGAGUAUGAAAGUGAAGGCAUUGACGACUCCGAAAUUAGCGAGGAUGGUUCAACUAACAGUUCUGAACUUGAUGUGUUGGAUGAAGGUGACAACCCACAUCAUGCGCAUUUCUCCAGCCCGGAGCAGUCAUCUUCGACCGUCGAGGAAUCGGAUGGAUCGGAAUCGGAUGGAUCAGACUCGGAUAGAUCGGCAUCCGACCAGCCAGCACCUAGGUCGACAUGGAAACGCUCGAGAGGCAGGGUCAUCGAAUCCGAAUCGGAAUCUGAAGAUGACUCAGAGGAAAGUCCUCCCCGGAAGCGGGUACGGAUCGAUAAUCGCCGUAGUCGUGCCCUUCCCGAAGACGAUGAUGAGGAGAGAGAAACCCCAUCCGGCGACGAUGGCCAUGAGGAACAGGGCGAGAAAGACACCGACCCCCAGGUUCAGGAUUCCGAGGGUGAAUGGUCCGGCAUCGCUAGCUCCGACGACGAUGAGAACCCCGCGGGAGGGGCGUCUCUUUCCAGACCCAUGACUCUUGCCGAGAAACUGCAACAACAUCGCGACAAAGUCCGGAUUCCCGACUCCGGCGACGACGACCCUUCUGAUGUGGAGGAGAUGGGCAACGAUGAUUAUGACGCCCGGAACUACGCCGACUUUCAGGAUGACGAAGAAGGUGUCGACAUUUCAGGGGAAGACGAUGACGGCGAGCAGGACGAAGAAUUCCAGGGUCCUGAGCAGGAUGGAGAGCAGGACUACGAGGACGAAUACUAUUAAUGAGUUUGUAGAAACUUUAACUGGUUGGUCUUCUUCUAUUGCCCCUUGACAUGGAGUAUGGGGAACUCACCUAGAAGGGAACAUGUACUUCAUUCUAUGUUACCCACUGUAUUACCUUCGGACUGGCUGGGAUACCUAACCAAAUUUCAGGGGUGACUCCCUAAACGUCCUCAUAGCUGCUAUUACGCAAGCGGACGUCUGGUGACAUGUAUCACACAAGAGGCAAGCGCGGUUAGUAAGACGCUUCUAACAGGUGAACCUCCUCUCACAACCCCAACUGGGACUCAAAAUCCGUGGGCGUUUAUGGUA